GAGUGAAGCCGCAAGAAGCUCAGUACUCCUGGAUGGUUGAAAUCUUGAAGAGCAGCGUCGGUCGAGCAGUGCAGCAGAAGCCAUGUCUCUGCCCUUCCGAAAAGAGUUGGAGAAAUAUAAGAAUAUCAAUGAAGAUGAAAUACUCAGCAAACUCUCAGAAGAUGAACUGAAACAGCUAGAGCAUGUUCUUGAUGACCUUGAUCCUGAGAACGCCUUACUUCCAGCAGGAUUUCGGCAAAAGGACCAGACCACUAAACCUGCUACGGGCCCUUUCGACAGAGAACGCCUGCUCUCGUACUUGGAGAAGCAAGCACUUGAGCACAAAGACAGAGAAGACUUUGUACCAUUUACAGGGGAAAAGAAAGGAAAAGUAUUUAUUCCUAAAGAAAAGCCCAUAGAAACCCGUACAGAAGAGAAGGUCACCCUGGAUCCAGAACUAGAAGAAGCCCUGGCCAGCGCUUCAGAUACUGAGCUCUACGACCUUGCAGCUGUUCUUGGAGUGCACAACAUGGUCAACAACCCAAAAUUUGAUGAAGGAGGAGCCCGCAGUAAAGAUGGAAAAGGAACCGUGAGAAAUGUGGUGAAAGGUGAAAAGGUCAAGCCUAUCUUUGAGGAGCCACCUAAUCCAACCAAUGUGGAAGCAAGUUUACAAAAGAUAAAGGCAAAUGACCCUAGUCUCACAGAAAUUAAUCUCAACAACAUAAAGAAUAUUCCUAUUCCAACACUGAAAGAAUUUGCAAAAGCUUUGGAAAGCAACACACAUGUGAAGACAUUCAGCCUUGCAGCUACUCGAAGCAAUGACCCUGUAGCUAUUGCAUUUGCAGAUAUGUUGAAAGUGAACAAAACACUGAAGAGUCUGAAUGUGGAAUCCAACUUCAUCACUGGGACGGGUAUUUUGGCACUGAUUGAUGCACUGAAAGAGAAUGAAUCCCUGACAGAGAUUAAAAUUGAUAACCAGAGGCAGCAGCUGGGGACAGCUGUAGAGAUGGAGAUUGCCAAGAUGCUGGAGGAGAACUCCAAGAUUCUCAAGUUCGGGUACCAGUUCACAAAGCAAGGUCCAAGAACCAGGGUAGCAGCAGCUAUCACUAAAAACAACGAUCUGGUUCGUAAAAAGCGGGUGGAAGGAGAACGGCAGUAG